AUGGCGGAAAAGCUCCGUAGCGAGUUGCAGCAGCUUUCGUCCGUACAGCUUCGAGACCUUUUACGUACCACUGGCCAUGGACAAUUGUUACAAAGUGAAGUAUAUAAUAAAGACAAGCAAGUGGCGGUCUCGAAAGUAGAAGAGCAGUUUGCACUAGACGCUAAGAAUGAAGGGAACGCGUUGUUCCGCCGAGGUUUCAUGAACGAUGCAGUCUCUGCCUAUUCUCGAUGCCUUAAAGUGGACCCAAGCAACGCUGUGUGCCUUUCAAACCGAGCAGCAGCUUACCUGGAGUUGAAGCAGUUUGAUCUUGCAAUUAUAGACUGCACCAAGGCGAUCAAGGAGACUCCAAUGAUCAAGCCAUUUAUGCGCCGAGCAACGGCAUAUAUUGCAGUGCAGCAGUUUCGACAAGCAGUUGCUGACCUUGAAGCAGCGUUAGAAUUUGAGCCGCGAAACAAAGAGUGUCAUGCAAAGCUUCAAAGUAUCGUAGAUAUAGCGACGGAUGUGCGACAGCGUGCAGGUGCUAGUACAGAGUUCCGCAAAGCAGCCAUUCAAGCUGCAUUGAUAGUUUCUGUUCGUGAAGGAUGGACGAAAAGUGCUGUGCGAGGCAACCCAGGUCCAGCUGCUGUAAAUGGGCACACAUUGUUUUCAGGAGCUGACGGACGCAUUUAUCUUUUUGGUGGAAGAGCAGUGCGUGAGCAAAAGCCUGAUCUUUUUGUGCUAGACGAAAACGACAAUUCAAGCUGGGACAUAAUACCUACUAGAGGCACAAGUGCGCCAUCGUCGCGUGCGUGGCAUUCAACUUCAUCUAUCGGGCACGAGAAUAGAGAAUUAUAUUGCAUUUACGGUGGAGUGUCUUCACGGGGCGAAGACUCCAGCGUUCAUUUGCUUGAGCAUGAUGCAUUACGCGGAUAUCAAUGGUUACAGCUUCGUUGUUUGCAAGAUUCCAGCGAAAUCCCUGCUCCUCGAUCAGGCCAUGCAACAGUAUCACUUGUGGAAAGUACUGGCAAUCGGGCUGUAUUCAUUUUUGGUGGGCGAACAAAACGAGGCGUAAACGACCAAUUACUGGUUUUGAGGUGCUCUUCACUACCUGCUGUCGCCGUCGCUGACAGUAGUUGCGUAGUAGAUACGACAGUUGUUUGGAGUGAAAUUUGUCAAGAAAAAAGCGUGGAGAAACACUUGAAUUGGCCUUCUGCUCGAGAUGGUCACUCGAUGUGUUUGCUGCAACGUUCGGAAUGCCAUUGGCCUCGACUCAUCCUUUUCGGUGGAAAUGGCCAGCUCAACGAUGAAAGGAUGAAUGAUGUGUGGACGUUUGACGUGGAGAAGCAGCUCUGGACGUUGCUGCAUUGUUUCGGAGAUAUCCCACCGCCAAGGUCCUACCACACAGCCCACACCAUCGGUGAGUUUCUUUUCGUCGUUGGCGGUCGGACUGCUGAAUCUGAGGAUAACACUGUGUACAUGCUGGACAUCGGGACAUGCGAAUGGUUUAAGGUGCCUGUUCCGAACGACCAUGGUCUAGCUCCCCGCGCUUGGCAUUCGAGCGUCCUUACCGACGGUGGCAAACUGUUUGUGCUGGGUGGUGGCUCUUACCACGGUCCACUAAAAGACGCCGCUUUGCUUGACUUAGGUUACUUUCAAAGCAAGGCAUCUUUACUUUUUCGUCGCCACGAUGACAAGUUCGUGCUGGAUAAGUAA